GAGUGGUGCAGUGAGGGACAAACAAAAGGAGGCGCCGGAGGGGCGCAGCGGCGGGCGGCGGGACAGAGCGGCUGGGGCCCGGGGCUGCCUGCGGGGCCGCCGGGCGCGGCGGGCCCAGGGAAGCAUCUUCCAUGGAGCGAAAGGAAUGCCAGGACCCUGCCCAGACCGAUGCGGGCCAGCCUCAGCAGCGGCAGCCAACACGCAGAUAGCAGCGCCGUCCGCGGGGUUGAACCAUGAUUCCAGUGACAGAGCUCCGCUACUUUGCGGACACGCAGCCGGCGUACCGGAUCCUGAAGCCGUGGUGGGACGUGUUCACUGACUACAUCUCCAUCGUCAUGCUGAUGAUCGCUGUCUUCGGGGGCACGCUGCAGGUGACCCAGGACAAGAUGAUCUGCCUGCCGUGCAAGUGGGUCACCAAGGACUCCUGCAAUGACUCCUUCCGGGGCUGGGCCGCCCCCAGCCUCGAGCCCACCUACUCCAACUCCUCCAUCCCGCCCGCCCCUGACAUGGGCCCCACAGGCAUCAGGUAUGACCUGGACCGGCACCAGUACAACUACGUGGAUGCCGUGUGCUACGAGAAUCGCCUGCACUGGUUCGCCAAGUACUUCCCCUACCUGGUGCUCCUGCACACGCUCAUCUUCCUGGCCUGCAGCAACUUCUGGUUCAAGUUUCCGCGCACCAGCUCGAAGCUGGAGCAUUUUGUGUCCAUCCUGCUCAAGUGCUUUGACUCGCCAUGGACCACGCGGGCCCUGUCAGAGACUGUGGUGGAGGAGAGCGACCCCAAGCCGGCCUUCAGCAAGAUGAACGGCUCCAUGGACAAGAAGUCGUCGACGGUGAGCGAGGACGUGGAGGCCACCGUGCCUAUGCUGCAGCGGACCAAGUCCCGCAUCGAGCAGGGCAUCGUGGACCGCUCGGAGACCGGCGUGCUGGACAAGAAGGAAGGGGAGCAGGCCAAGGCGCUGUUUGAGAAGGUGAAGAAGUUCCGGACCCACGUGGAGGAGGGGGACAUCGUGUACCGCCUCUACAUGCGCCAGACCAUUAUCAAGGUGAUCAAGUUCAUCCUCAUCAUCUGCUACACCGUCUACUACGUGCACAACAUCAAGUUCGACGUGGACUGCACCGUGGACAUCGAGAGCCUGACGGGCUACCGCACCUACCGGUGCGCCCACCCCCUGGCUACGCUCUUCAAGAUCCUGGCAUCCUUCUACAUCAGCCUGGUCAUUUUCUAUGGCCUCAUCUGCAUGUACACACUGUGGUGGAUGCUGCGCCGCUCCCUCAAGAAGUACUCGUUCGAGUCCAUCCGCGAGGAGAGCAGCUACAGUGACAUCCCCGACGUCAAGAAUGACUUUGCCUUCAUGCUGCACCUCAUCGACCAGUAUGACCCACUCUAUUCCAAGCGCUUCGCCGUCUUCCUGUCGGAGGUGAGUGAGAACAAGCUGCGACAGCUGAACCUCAACAAUGAGUGGACGUUGGACAAGCUGCGGCAGCGGCUCACCAAGAACGCGCAGGACAAGCUGGAGUUGCACCUGUUCAUGCUCAGCGGCAUCCCCGACACAGUGUUCGACCUGGUCGAGCUGGAGGUCUUGAAGCUGGAGCUGAUCCCCGACGUUACCAUCCCGCCCAGCAUUGCCCAGCUCACGGGCCUCAAGGAGCUGUGGCUGUACCACACAGCAGCCAAGAUCGAGGCGCCUGCCCUGGCCUUCCUGCGCGAGAACCUGCGGGCCCUGCACAUCAAGUUCACGGACAUCAAGGAGAUCCCUCUGUGGAUCUACAGCCUGAAGACGCUGGAGGAGCUGCACCUGACGGGCAACCUGAGUGCUGAGAACAACCGCUACAUUGUCAUCGACGGGCUGCGUGAGCUCAAGCGCCUCAAGGUCCUGCGGCUCAAGAGCAACCUGAGCAAGCUGCCGCAGGUGGUCACGGACGUGGGUGUGCACCUGCAGAAGCUGUCCAUCAACAACGAGGGCACCAAGCUCAUCGUCCUCAACAGCCUCAAGAAGAUGGUCAACCUGACGGAGCUGGAGCUCAUCCGCUGCGACCUGGAGCGCGUCCCCCACUCCAUCUUCAGCCUGCACAACCUGCAGGAGAUCGACCUCAAGGACAACAACCUCAAGACCAUUGAGGAGAUCAUCAGCUUCCAGCACUUGCACCGCCUCACCUGCCUUAAGCUGUGGUACAACCACAUCGCCUACAUCCCCAUUCAGAUCGGCAACCUCACCAACCUCGAGCGCCUCUACCUGAACCGCAACAAGAUCGAGAAGAUCCCCACCCAGCUCUUCUACUGCCGCAAGCUGCGCUACCUGGACCUCAGCCACAACAACCUGACCUUCCUUCCCGCCGACAUCGGCCUCUUGCAGAACCUCCAGAAUUUGGCCGUUACAGCCAAUCGGAUCGAGGCGCUGCCCCCAGAGCUCUUCCAGUGCCGGAAGCUGCGGACCCUGCACCUGGGCAACAACGUGCUGCAGUCGCUGCCCUCGCGGGUGGGCGAGCUGACCAACCUGACCCAGAUCGAGCUGCGGGGCAACCGGCUGGAGUGCCUGCCUGUGGAGCUGGGCGAGUGCCCGCUGCUCAAGCGCAGCGGCCUCGUGGUGGAGGAGGACCUGUUUAGCACGCUGCCGCCCGAGGUGAAGGAGCGGCUCUGGAGGGCUGACAAGGAGCAGGCCUGAGCGCUGGCGGGCGGCCACUGCAGCGGCACCACCGCGGCUGCCUCGGGCCUGGGAGCCCAGAACCGGGCUGGGCCGGAGCCUGGGGCCGGGGGCGAGCUGAGCUGGGCCAGGCAGGGACGGCACCGGAGGGCUGGCCCCUUUUCUCCCUCUGAGACUCAUGCCCCGGGGCCGGCGCCCAUGGGGGAGGUGGGAGACCCGCCUUCAUCGCCAGGCGAGCUCGCAGUGUUUGGACAAUCAGGGCCUCCUCCCUGGAGGCCACCUCUGCCUCAGAGGCCAAGCCGACACCAGAGGUCCAGGACACCCACUUAGCUCUUGGUAUUUAUUUCCCCCACCUCCCGCCCCCCCCCCCCCCCCCGCAGAUAACUUAUACAUUCCCGAGAGCGCUCCCGCGAGGUGGGGGCAGUAAGGGUGAGCCGUGUUCCUGUGCCCUUUUUUAGUGAUGUUGUUGGCCUCGUGUGCCCACCCAGACCGGAGCCUAGCAGCCCAGGGGGAGCCAGCUGCGGGACGGUGGCCCCAGUGGCGCCAGGCUGGGCUCUGGCGGCCCGGCCCGCGGCGGAGCCGGCCACCAGGUGGGAAGGCCAGGCCUGGGGCUUGCUGUAUCGGUUUUAAAUUUUUUAAGGAAAAAAGAAAUUUUUUUUUAAGCUUUGAAAAUCGAAGGUUUGGGUAUUAAAAAGAAAAACACUUAAAAAAAAAAAAGACACUAAAGGCCAGUGAGUUGGGGUCUCAGGACGGGGCCGCGGUUUUCCUUGAGGAGCAGCAAGACUUUGAACGGCGUUUCCGUCCCCGGGCGCAGGCCCUGGUGUCUCCACGCUGUGUCGCUCUGUGUGGCCUUGUUCCAGGCGUUCUGUCUGUUCUCUCCUGGGGCGGGGAGUUUUUGUUUGGUUUGGUUUGGUUUUUUCGGUGUCUUGUUUUCUCUCUCUUCCAUGUGUCUUGGCAGGCACUCCUUUCUGUGGCUGAUGGCCAAAGGGAAUGUUCUGGAGCUGCCAAGAAGGGAGGAGACUCGGGUUGGCUAAUCCCUGGACGAACGGUGCUCCAUCCUCCCUUCCCUCAUCAGUGUUAAGGAGCCGGGAGCUGCCUCCCCGACUCCGCCUCCCAACUCUCGGGCCGCAGGUUUGCCCAGUGCCAGAACUCGCCCCUGCCGACUCGGGAGCGCUCCUCCCCACUGGUCCUGCCGAGCGGGCACCGGGAGCUGGGGUCGCAGGCGGGCAGUCGCCGCCGGGAGGGCAGGCUCCCCAGGUUUGGGCCCUAAGCCGGUUUCUGUCCCAGGUGCCUGGCACACCCAGCCCCCCAGCACCUGGUGGCGGGAAGCCACCUCAGUUAGAUGGAUCUCCGGGGCCCCCACCUUAGAAGGGUCCCGGCCUUAGAUCAAUCACUUGGACACUAAGGCACGUUUUAGCGUCUCUUGUCUUCAUGAUGAUGUCCCAUCUGUCCGUCCAUGUUUUCUGCGUCGUGUCAUCAGAUGUAACCCUCGGAAGUAGUGCACACUCGUCUCUGACAGCCACGCCGCCGUCCGUUACGUGCGGGUCUGGACUUGUAGACUCGCUUCAAAUAUCCAAUAAACAUGUAACAGAAGGUGGCCUCGAGGUCUUCGCGUCGCGGGGCUCUGCCCUCAGCUCUCUCGCCCGCUGGGCCUCUGGUCUGGUUCACACAGUGACCAUUUGUUGGCACCCACAAGACAGUUAACGCCGCUCCUCCCUGCCCGUGAGGCCGGCAAUCCAGCGCCCGGUGUCGGGUUGCCCACAGC